AUGCGCGAGCCGAUCCGCUCCUACCGAGCCUGGAUGAGAUUGCGGAGGCCCCCGCCCUCACUGUGCGGCACGUGCCUCACGGGGCUCGGACUGUUUUGGCCCAAUGCCUGGCUGCGCAACUCGGUGGCUGCUUGGCAGGAGCUCCUCAUGCUCCCCAAAGCGGUUCUCGGGCCACCCGCCCGGCGUGUGGAGCCCGGCACCAAGCCCAGGCCGCAGCCUCUACCAAAAGGCGGUGCCAGCGUUGCUGGGCCGGCGAGCGCUCUGAACUGUGGGACGACGUCGCGGACCGGCCCCGCCCACCCCGCGCAGGCGCCUCUUCUGCUGCGGCUCGGCAACUGUGCCCUGCCCGACUUGACCGCGCUUUUCCCAAAAAACGUGGCGGUGUUCGGAGGCCCGCCACUGCGCCUCUUCCCGCUGCAGGUGGGGGUGGGCAUCAAGUGCGGUGCAGAAGCUGCGGUGCACACCUCGCGGCAGCGCAAUGAGGGCGACAAGGUGCUCCUUAAGGUCAACUUCUCCAACGCCUUCAACUCGGUGCAAAGGAACGCCGUCCUGCGGGCCGCUCGCCGGCAGCUACCUCAGGUCGUGCCCUGGGUUGACUGGUGCUACGGACGUGCUGGGACCUUUGCUUUUUGCCCUAUAGCACUCCAACCCGCCCUCGAAGCUGCUACGGCAGCAGCUCCUCUGGACCUGUGCUUUGCCUACCUCGACGACGUGGUUCUGGCCGGGCGGGAUGUCCACGUCCUUCGGGCAUUGCAGGCCCUCACUGCUGCGGCUGCACCAACCAAGUGCGAACUGGUGCAAGCCGCCGGGCCUUUCUCGCAAGUCGACCCUGCCGCCUUCCCCGCUGGCUUUGUCGUGCGCGACGCCGGCAACUUUGACCUCCUGUGCGCUGCCGUUGGCACCCCACAGUUCUGCACUCGCCACACGCUUGAGGACAAAGUCGCCCAAGGCCAGUCUUGCCUGGAAGCUUUAGUUGACCUGGCCGAGCCACAGACUGCGCUCCUGCUGCUCCGCUACACGGCUUCCUUUUGCAAAAUGGUCUAG